GGUUGUGGGAAAGGCUUGUUCCGUUUCUUCAAGGCUGACCCGUCCGUCCUUCCUUCCUUCCUUCCUCGCCCUGCGUGCCUUGUGUCUGAACUCAUUCGGGGAAGACGAGAGGAGGAGUACUUUGCUGUUCAGCAGUGAAUCUCAUUGAUUUCAGCAAACAUGGAUGAAUUGCAAGAUGUCCAGUUAACAGAAAUUAAACCUCUCUUAAAUAAUAAGAAUUCAGCUCGAAACUUCCAGGACUUUGACUGUCAAGAGCAUGAUAUAGAGACAGCUUAUGGAGUUGUCCAUGUCACUAUGCGAGGCACUUCAAAAGGCAAUCGACCCGUCAUCCUAACGUAUCAUGAUAUUGGCCUCAACCAUAAGUCCUGCUUCAAUACUUUCUUCAAUUUUGAAGACAUGCAGGAAAUCACACAACACUUUGCUGUAUGCCAUGUUGAUGCACCUGGACAACAAGAGGGGGCUCCUCCUUUCCCUUCUGGAUAUCAGUAUCCUAGUACUGAUGAACUCGCUGAAAUGCUUCCUGCUGUUCUUAUGCACCUGAGCCUAAAAAGUGUAAUUGGAAUAGGAGUUGGAGCUGGUGCCUAUAUUCUCAGCAAGUUUGCGUUGAAUCAUCCAGACUUGGUAGAAGGCUUAGUGCUAAUUAAUAUUGAUCCAUGCGCAAAAGGUUGGAUAGAUUGGGCAGCAUCCAAGUUUUCUGGAUGGACAACUAACCUUGUGGAUAUUGUUUUAGCUCACCAUUUUGGCCAUGAAGAACUGCAGGCUAAUCUGGACCUAAUUCAGACAUACAGACUUCACAUUGCACAAGACAUCAAUCAGGAAAACCUUCAGCUCUUUGUUACCUCCUAUAACAGUCGUAGAGAUCUGGAUAUUGAAAGACCAAUCUUGGGUAUGAAUGAAGAAGCAGCAAAAACACUCAAGUGCCCUGCCUUAUUAGUAGUUGGAGACAGCUCUCCUGCAGUUGAGGCUGUGGUUGAAUGCAAUUCACGCCUAGAUCCAAUAAAUACAACACUCCUGAAGAUGGCAGAUUGUGGGGGAUUGCCCCAAGUUGUUCAGCCUGGGAAGCUAACUGAAGCUUUCAAAUACUUCGUUCAAGGAAUGGGUUAUAUCCCUUACAUGCAGCUCAGUCACCUGAACACUGAGCCAGUGCCAUCUGCAAGCAUGACCAGGUUGAUCCGUUCCCGGACCCAGUCAUCUUCAAGUGUAGGUUCAGGAGAAGGCACUCAAACACGGUUUCAAGCCAGCAGCCUAAAGGAGGUGAACAUGGGAAUAGCUGAAACUACUGAAGUCCAUGGCAAUCCUCAGACUAUGGAAGUAUCCUGUUAAGCAACAUGUGAAUCCAGACCAUUCUUUUUCUCUCUUUUCUGCACCCAUUGAACAAGUUUUAACAGGUUUUUCCCUCUCAUUAUGCCUGCUAACUUUUCACCUGUCUCCUUGGUGUUAUAUUUAGUUAUGUUUGUACAGAAACUUUUAGCUGCCUACAGAUGUACCGAACGAUAGCUGCUGGAGGUACAGGAGUUAUUUUUGAGCUCUGAUAUUUUUUUGCAGACUCUAGAUCAAAAGCUGGGUCUCUCCUUUUGCCUUUCUCCCCUCCCCACACCAAGGAAACUGCCCAUUUUGUUUUCAUUCCUUCCACCUUUCCAUCACACCUUCAUGUUUAUCUGCUUGAAAUAUUUGGUGCUCUUUAAAAGAUGUUCCCUGGUGUGGUGGUGGUGGUUUUGAUUUCUUAAAAAUGGCAGUUUGGUUCAGCCAGUUAAUUCUAUGUGCAGAAUCUUGCUCUGUAACAUGCAAGAAAAAGAAAUACUUUCAUGGGUGACACAAGGGCUUGCUGAUUAAUGCUGUAUAAAUCCAAAUUUAGCUUGUUCUCAGUUAAAUAUGAAGAAAUAAUAUGUGUGUCAUAAAUGUGGUAAAUGCGCUUCCACAGUGGGCUUGCCACUGAAAUUGUAUACAUCUGUAUGCAUCCAUUAACUACUAACUUCCAUUGGUGCUAGGCAAGAUGAAGAUGUCUUCAUUUCCCCUGGCCUCCUUUGCUAUCCGAUCAUUUGGGAACAGUGUGUCUCUCCUGUCUUUUCGAAAUUCAGAUGAUCAUUUUUGUGUUUUUUUCACUUAGAAUUGCUUUCUAGUGUGCUUCUGCUGAAAGACGUUAAGGCUUUUUGACUGUGGUCCUAACAGUGUCUUUGGAGUUUUGAUUAGAGAGGACAACUUUGAUUCAGAACUCCCAAGAGUGGCUCUAUUUCUGUUCAAACUCUUGAGGUCAUAACAUAAUGUAUCAGUUGUACAAGAGUUCUAUCUUUCAUAACUGAGCAGGAGAAAGGAACCUCUUUCCUGUUGGUUUAUUCAGAGGCAUCUCUCACUAGGUUACUACUAGGUAAUUAAUUAGGUUACAAGAAGAAUGAGGUAUUUAGCCAGCUUAAUUUCCAACAAAUUUCCAACAUAUUAUUCUACUGUAUGUAAAUGAUUUACACACUAUAAAAUAGGUAAAGUUAUAGCAGAUUUAGAAAUGGAACCAGAUGAUAUUUAGUAUAAUUCCCAACACCGUAUACAAUUCGUUCCUGAAGCUAAAAACAAAACAAAAAUUCCAAAGUUGAAAAAAGAUACUAAGCCAAAUAUCUUAAUUUUCACAAGUGAUCAGUAACUUUGACAAUAAAUUAUACACUUUUAAUUUCUAAAGGGAAUUAAAUGUACUAGUUCAGAGAUAUAUUUAUAGUUAUUGAAAUAAGAUAAAUUAUAUUGAAUUGAACAACUGAAUUCUAAAUUCUGGUUUUUGAAUAGUUGAGUGAGUAAGAAGACAAUGCUAUGAACAUUGACCCUAAAGUAAACCUCAUUGAGUUUGAUGGGUUUCAUUCCCACCUAAGUGUAUGUGGGGAUUGAAGACAAGUAAUCUUGAAUGAAUAUAUAUAAAAUGGGAACUUAUUCAUUCUGUACUUGAAAGACUAGCUUAACAUUUAUUAAUUAUAAUGCUAAUUCUAUAUCUGUGAAAGACCAUUUGGUUCUUUAUAUAAAUUUCCCUCCACUAUUUUCAUUAAACAAAUAUUUUACUAAGGACUAUUACAGAAAUUUUUUUCUGUUAAUUUAGAAGGAAAAUAAUAUGUUUUUUCCUCAACACACACACACACACAUAAAUAUAUAUAAUUUAUAUUCUGAUGGAAAUAGAUUAAAAUUAAGUGCACUAAGAAUCAGGCAGUUUUGGAAAUAACUUAAAAUCUGCUUCACUGGGAUUUCAGAAUAUUAUUCUAAAAAGACUAUAGAAUAGAAUUAACUCAGGAUUUCUGAACCCAAAGCUAGUUUUGUAGCCUUUCUCUCUCAAGCAGAUGCAUUACUAAAAAUACAAAAGGGAAAUAUCUAAACUGAAAUAUUUGUUGUUCUUGAGUUACAUAAAACUAUUGUUUCAUUUAAAUAACUAGUUAAAGGAAUGCUUUGGUGUACUUUAUAUUGUAAAAGUGUGCUCUGCUUAUGGCCUGUAUAUUACAUAUGUGUUUAUAUAGGGUAUCUCUGUGUGUAUGUGUGUGUGCACGCACGCACACAUAUACACAUUCAUUCCAUGCAAUGCUAUUAAAUUUAAUUCUUUGCGCCUGGUAGUUAUGGGAGAUUUUUGCCAUGAAAAUUAGGAAGUUCCUAAAUCAUAUUAUUUUCUUGAAUUCACAAUAAUUUUGUGUUUUCUAAUUUUAGCUGGAAGAGAGAAAAUCUAUGAUCUGUUAGACAGUGAGAUUGCUGCUAUUGGGAAGAGAAAUGAGCUGCAUUUUUCAUGAAUAUGGCAGAUUAUCUACUUUUUACUGCUGUGUAUUGUUUAUAAGGCCAAGAUCUUCAGGAAAUGUCAGAUUCAAUUCUGUUUCAGGUAGAAGAAGGGAUUGGAAGAUUUUGCCGGGGGGAAAAUUCAAACCAGUUAAAUAAAGUAUAAUCAAUUUUAAUUGUUAA